CGGCCAGUAGCUGAGCAGAGAGCCAGGAUCCUCCUCCUCCUUCUGGCCUGAUUCCUUCCCUCCUUCCCUGCCUCCCUCCCUUCGCCCUGGAUUCCAAUCCGAGCCUUUAGCAGAGCGGAGCUUCUGCUCUCCUCGGCCUUGAGGGGCUUUGACAUCAGAAGGAACCCGAAGAACAGCCAUGAUGGGGAAGUACCUGAUGACUUGUUGGCUUGCUGUUUUCCUUCUCCUGCUGCAGAGUGAUGUGUCUCUUUCCAAAAAGAAGCCCAAACCCAGUGGUGGCGGCUGGAAUACAGGGGGACAGCGUCAACCUGGAUAUCCCCAGCAGCCUGGAUAUCCCCGCAAUCCUGGCUACCCACAAGGUGGCUAUCCUCAACAACCUGGUUAUCCCCCACGGGGUAAUCCUGGCUACCCACAACAACCUGGGUAUGGUGGCGGCUAUGGUGGAGGCUAUGGAGGAGGCUAUGGAGGGGGUUAUGGGGCCAAGCCAUGGAAGCCAAAGCCACCCAAGCCCAAAAUGAAGCACAUGGCAGGAGCAGCUAUCGGAGGGGCUGCAGUGGGAGCCCUUGGUGGCUACCUCUUAGGCAGAUCCAUGUCCAAUAUGCAGUUCGGCUUUAACAACCCGAAUGAGGAACGUUGGUGGUACCAAAACCGCGACCGUUAUUCAGACCAAGUAUACCAUCCACCCUACGACCCAUCUGUUUCGAGGGAAGUCUUUGUAAGAGACUGCAUGAAUGUCACAGUGACGGAAUACAUACAGCCCACUGGCAAUCAAACCGUAGAUGACAUGGAAAAGAAAGUUGUGCCACUUGUGGUGCGUGAAAUGUGUACAGAACAAUACCGGUUGCUCUCAGGGGUUGCUCUCCUUCUUGCCAACCCUUCCCUGGUCUUCCUCAUCACCUUAACCAUGUGUUUCCUCAUACACUGAGGUUCUCGGAGAUUGUACUCCUUAAGCCUCCAUUUUGCCAGAGUACCAAUGGUGGGGAAGAAAGGGGAUCUACAGAAAGCAAUGGUUUUGUGGGGGGAUACAGUCUUGAUUGUGCACCUCUUUGGUGGAAUAUCUUUAAGAGCUAUCACAGUUGCUAUGUAUUAAUUCCACCACACACCAACAUUUUACAGCCAUCUUUGUUUCUGUUUUUAGUGUUACAACAAUAUUGGUAGGGAAAGAAGACAAGGAAUUAUUUUGAUACAAAAGAGUUUUUAAAAAACCCUAUCCAUCCAUCUUCAUAAAUCACUGAGCUUAAUUUCAUGCAAAAUAUGUAUACGGACAUUAUUCCAUGAGCUGAAGCAUGGGUUUGGGUGGUUUUUUUGCAUAUUCUUGCUCCUAUUACUUUGUUCCAAAGAUAAUAGUUUUAUGAUGGAGCAAGACAUUUCUCAUGAUAUAGAAGACUGAUUCUGAAAGUCAGAAAGACUUUCCAGUAGUUGUCUACCUUCACUGAGAGUGGUUUCCAGUGUGAUAAGCAGAGGGCAGAAAGCACAAGUGGAAAUUGUAGGGAUUGUAGGAGUUGUAAUAAAAAACAUCUGGAGGGCACCAGGUUGUCUAUUCCUAAACUAGUGUCACAUUCAGAAAUUUUAGAUGUCACCAUGGGGAGGAAGAAAAUAUGUGAAUAUUCCUCUUUAUGUAAUAUUAAAAAGUGCAAAGAACUUUCUUUCAUGUAAUCUGCCUAUAGGUGAGGCUCCCAAAAAAUCAGAAAGAUUAAUUAAUUAAUUAAAAGAAACUGAUUCCCAUGUUACAUAACACAUAAACCUUUUCUGCUAUUUUCAGCCAGGUAGGAUUCCAAAGUGACAAAAAAUGGCAGCUGGAAGGUAAUUUUGCCAAAGAAAAUAUCUGUACUCUGGAUAGAAUACAGAUGCUCUAUAGAUCCUUGUGCUAUGGAGAUCUAGGCAGUUAGACAGACUAGAACAUCCCACAUAAAUAUACUUAUUAUUUAUAUAUUGAGGCAGAAUUGGUCUCACAUUGAGGGAGGGAGCCAUGCGAACAAUCUCUUGGUCCGGUAAACUCAUCCAUCAUGUGCUAUUCAUGGCACCCCAAAUAUUUAUUGUCUCUUUUUGGCGAAGGGAAACCUAAAUAUCCUUUUCAUUAAUGUAUUGUUGCUAGGCUCAUUUGAGGAAAGGAAACUCCCUUGAAAAGUUAUUGGUUGUCAUAAUAGCACUUUGGGACCAAAUCCUAAGAGCUAUUAUAUAAAAAGAAAAUCAGUUCAUUUAAGAUGCUGCAGAAGAGUACUGAGGAAACUGUGGAUAACCAAAAAGACAAACAAAUGGCUCCUUGAAAAGAUCAAGCCGGAAAUCUCCCUGGAAGCCAAGAAGAUUAAGUUGAGGCUGUCAUAUUAUGACCACACCAUGAGAAGGCAUGACUCAUUGGAAA